CGUUGUGUCCGUCACCGUCGUCGUCGUCGUCGUCGUCACCGUCUCCGUCACCGUCACCGUCAUCGUGGUCGCGGUCGCUGUCACCGUCGUUCUCGGUCGGCCUCGCGCGGUGAACGUCGCGUUUGUGUCGCGUUGCAAGCCCGGCGUCGACGACAGUUUUCCACGUUUCGCGAUCGACGUCGAUCCGAGCCGGGUGUCCAGUAUCGUAUCGAGUGUGCUCCGAAAAAUACUCCGUCAGUGUCAAAGAGAGAGAAAGAGAGAGAGAGCGAGAGAGGGUGGGAGAGAGAGAGAGAGGGAGAGAAAGGGAGAGAGAGAAAGAGAGAAAGAUAGAGGAGCCUAGUCACGCGAAAAUCGCCUCGAAGAACUUCCCUCGCGGUCGAUCGUCUCGUCGACGAGAGACCCGUCGCGGAGGCCAGUCCGUAGCGCGAGGCGAUCGCUGGGUCCUCGGGCCUGCGUCGGCCGGCACCGUCAGCCGAUUGUCAUGGACAGGGUCGUCCGAGUGGUUGUGCACAGUGAAGUUGUUAGCUCCGCGUACACGGUUCACCGUACUCCGUGAGACGCGACAAGUUUUACCCGCCGAGUGACACACAGUGACUCUUCUCCUCGAGGAAUCGAUUUUUCUCUGGCCGAUCCUGGAUCGCCGGGACCGCGCGCUGUUCGUCGGCUGGGGGCCACCCGAAGCCGAUCGGGAGAUUCGAAGACUCGUCGUGCCUGGUGGUAUGCGUUGACUCGCGGCGCUUGGUCCUCUUCGAAGCCCGUGGUGUCCACGUGGGCGAGACUGAGACGGAGACCGGAGCUGGCUGAGCGCCGGCCGUCUCGGUAGUUGUCCGAGAGAAACCCGCCGUGACCCGUGACCCCCGUGACUCGUGACCCCGGUGUCUCCGCGAACCAACCGACCCCGAGUUUCGACGACAGCGCUCUUGGGGUUCGUCGGACACGAGAGAGAACAGAGGGAAAAGAGAAAAGACCAAAGUCCGCGGUGGUAUUAGGACACUCCAUGGACCACGGAGCGAUGGAUAGUUCGUCCGACCACAGUAGCCGCGCCAGUCCCGUAACCGGCAGCCCGAAGCACCCCCAUAGCCCGUCGGGUCAGCAAAGUCAGCAACAACUCCACGGUUCCCACAGCCAACCACCGCCGUCGCACCAACAACCCCAUCCCAGGGACCAGCUCCGGGAGCAACAAUCGCAGCAGCAACAGCACCGCGGCGUUCCCACGCCGGGUUCGCCGACUCGCGGUUCGCCACCUCAGGGUCUGCCGUUGAGCCCGCCGCCCCUGUCGGCCGGAGGAACACCGGGCGCACCGCCAGGCAUGGUGCCCCGAAUGCCGGGCCUGCCGCCGCCGGGCCUCGGGCUGCUGGGACAGCUCGGCGGCAUGCUCAGCGGCCACCACGGCUCGCCCCUCGAGCUGAUGGCCGCUCAUCACGCGGUCCUGCCGCCCAGGUCCUACAACAGCCCGCCGCCGAUCAGCACCAGCGACCCGACCGCCAACGAGUGCAAGCUGGUCGAUUAUCGCGGCCAGAAGGUCGCCGCGUUCAUCAUCGCCGGCGACACGAUGCUCUGCUUGCCGCAGGCCUUCGAGCUCUUCCUCAAGCACCUGGUCGGCGGCCUCCACACCGUCUACACGAAGCUCAAGAGGCUCGAUAUAGUGCCGUUGGUGUGCAACGUCGAGCAAGUUAGGAUUCUACGCGGUCUCGGAGCCAUCCAGCCCGGCGUCAACCGGUGCAAGCUACUCAGCUGCAAGGACUUCGACAUACUCUACAGGGAUUGCACAACGGCCAGGUAUGUAUCGGAUUGGAUUCGGCCUCGUAUCGACACGGACGCGGCGUUUCGAGAACACGAGGCGCACACCAAACGUUUGUCAGUCACGCGACUGCACGGACAGCGGUUUCCAAUUAUUCGCUCCAGGCCAGGAAGACCACCGAAGAGGGCAUCCGUCGGCCUAAGCCUCGCAGCCAGCCACCUGGCCGCGGCGACCGGUCACCAUCCCCAGCACUCGCUCAAGAAACACAGAAUGGACAACGGGGACUACUACGAGAACGGACAUUUGGAUGUUCCGAGGAUGGAGAAGUCCCCGUUGCUAGCGAACGGGUACAACCACCCGCCCACGCACCUCAGCCACAUGCAGUUCAUGCAACUGGGCGGUCAUCCUGGCGCAGGACACACGGCUAUCCUGUCGCCGGCCAGUCUGCCGCACCACCUGCAGGCUCAAGCUCAGGCGCGCGCCGAGCAGGGGUUGAAAGUCAACCCGAACAUGUCCAACAUGGAGGCGCUUGCGAGGUCCGGGACGGUUUGGGAAAACUGCCGAGCUGCCUACGAAGAUAUCGUGAAACAUCUCGAAAGGCUCCGCGAGGAGAGAGGAGACGCCGAGAGGGCCCUCGCGUUGGACCAGAAACCCAGGGAUCUGAGCUCGCACAAUGGUUCCUCGAACGGCCACAGUCCGGUGCUGAACCUGUCGAAAACAGCGGGAAGCGGAAGCGUGGGCGAGCACUCCGGAAGCGAGGCGGAGGCGUCGCACCGAUCGCAGGACGACGAAGAAGAGGACGACAAUCUGUCCGAGGACCUCGACGACGACAACGAGAAGGACGAAGAUCUGUCGGACGUGCCGGAGAACCUGCCGAUGGCUGCGCCAGGUUCGGAAAGUCCUCAGGCACUGAACUACUCUCAAAUCGCCUCCGCGGCGGUGGCCGUCUCGCAGGGAGGCCAGGAUCCCUCGGUCUCGAGUACCGAGACCCUGCUCAGGAAUAUCCAGGGCCUGCUCAAGGUCGCGGCCGACAACGCGAGGCAGCAGGAGAGGCAAAUCAACUACGAGAAAGCGGAGCUGAAGAUGGACGUUCUGCGGGAGAGGGAAGUGAAAGACAGCCUCGAGCGUCAGCUCCAGGACGAGCAGAAAGUCCGAGUGAUGUACCAGAAACGGUUAAAGAAGGAGCGGAGAGCAAGGAAGCGUCUGCAGGAACAGCUGGACCUGGAGAUCAAGAGGCGCACGCAGCUGGAGGAGGCGUUGAAGGCGACGGGGGCGUCUACGGAGCAAGUCAGAGCGAUCACCGAGAACGUAACGGUGGAGGCGCGCACGAGUUCCGAGCCGCCGGAAGCCAGCCCGGUGCAUUCUCAAUCACAGCAACAGUCUUCACAGCAACAAUCCUCUCAGCAACCCCUUCAGCAGCAACAACAGGCUCAACAGUACAGGGAAGCACAGGUGCCGCGUCCCUCCCAGCAACCCUCCACGCCCGAGAAACCGGCAUGGGGCUACGGACUGGACCUGAUCGGCAGCCAAGCGUCCGCGUUCUGGCAGAACUACCAAGAGUCGCUGGUCCAGGAACUCGAGCUGGAGAGAAAAUCGCGGCAGCAUCAGGCGGCUGAGAGGGACCAAGUGAAGUCUCCUCUUCAAGAGUCUCGAACGGGUUACUACAAGAACUCCGUUCUGUUCACGAGCGCGACCUAGAAGAGGCUGGACGAGGGCAGGAGAGGGGCAGCCGAUCGAGUAGCGAGCAGCCAGAACGAGUGACGUCGACGAUCGUCGGAGGAAUCCCGGAAACUGACUCAGAACCAUCAUCUCCCGCGUGUGGUUCGCCAAUGGACACGACCGCUUAGGUGAAUCCGAGAGAACAAUGACCCUAACGGAGUGCGAACGACCCCAAAAUAAUCGCGACAUUCGAGCGUCUUCGAGACUCUGAAAAAGAAACCGAACGAUCGCUCGCGACGAUGCUACGAGUCUCGCCGGAUCUUCGAUCUCGGAGAUCUCGGAGAUUCUGGAUCUUGUAAAUCGGUGGACACAUAUCAACGAGGCGAGGGGAAACUCUUUCGGAGCAUCGGCGACUCGCCGUAGUCGCACGCGAAUGUAUACCAUAGGUCCGUGGAUCGACGCGCGAUUCAUGGAUCGUUCUAAACCGAGUAUCGUAGAGAAGAGGAGGCACGAAGAAGAAAGAGGGCGAGGGCGAGAGGAACACGGACUUCUAAAGACUGCUCGAGAGUGCGUGUGUGCGCUCGCGCGCGUGCAUGCGUUCCUAGAGGUACCUACCCCCAAUUAUCGAGCGAACUUCAUUAGGUAAUUGUGUUUUAAGCUGUACGAACGAUCGGGUGGGCCGCGCCGGCCCCGAGUAUUACUAUCGAUUAUCAUUAAUAUUAUUUAGCCGGCGCGACCGCGGCGUACCGGUUUUUACACUCGCGCGCGACCCGAUCGUCGAGCCGCUCGACCCGCGUGGAUCUCUUUAUCUCUAUCUCUCUCUUCCUUCUCCUCUCUCCCUCUCUCUCUCUUUCUCUAUCUGUCUCUCUAACUCUCUCUCUCUCUCUCCGACUUUUCGGAUUGUUCUUGAAACGAGAGCCGCGCGGGAUCGAUCAUCUGUAUCAUAUAGAGCGAGUGUUGUUGCGCGCGACGCCGAUGAAUCUGUGUGCACGAGAGCUCCUAAGCGAGAAAAUUUUUUUCGAGGGAGAACGCGAUGAAAAGCGAACGUAGUCGUAGAACGGUAGGACAUAUGCUUGAGUGAGAGUGAGAACGAGUGACGACGUGCGAGAGAGGCAGCGGCGCGAGGUCCAGGAGACAACGGAGGAUCCUCCCGGAAGUGCGUUUUAAAUCGUAACACCUUAUUUAUAUAAAUAAACUUAGUUACUACCGUCGACAAGUAAGGCUAACUGCAUAAUUUGCGUGUGUUCCGCGUUCCGCGUGCGCGAUCGGCAUCCCGCUCGAAACGCUCGAGAGUCUCGGCGAUCCGCUCUCUCGCGACAUUCUCGACCGAAUUUCGGCUCCCGGCUUCGACGGGGACUCGUUCGAGACCGAGACCGAGACCGAGACCGCUGCCGAUUUAGCAAGCCCGGGGCGUCUCGAGCGGCGGCCGAUCCCCGUAUUUAAGAUCCAUGUACAAAGUCUCUUGCCCAGUAAGGUUCUUGUGUUGUAAAGUUCACAUAAUCAUAGUGUCUAGAUCGUACGUACCGGCUAACGCCCGUUAAGACGAUGCUACACGUAGUGAAACGAGAAUUUAACCACCGAUAGCUCAUCUGUAUCUGCCAUCGCCGCUACCAAUCGAUCGAUCGGCUCAUUUAGCGAUCGAGAGUCGUCCGAUCCGUCGCGAGCGAACCACCGAGGAUUUCGACGACCACCGCGUGGAACGAUUCGACCGGUCGUCGGAUUCGGAUUCGAAUUCGAAUUCCGAUCCGGAUCCGGAUCUCCUUCCGGUCAGAAGAUCGACCGGAACACGAUCUCUCCGCGAACGAUCGAGGAUACGACCCGAAAAAUCGCCGACCAACGAUUCCAACGGUCGCGGACGAUUCUCGAUCGGGCGAUCAAAUUCGCGAGCACGCGACUUCGAAGAUCAAAUUUCGACAUAAUUCAGGAUCGAGGGGUGGGUUUUCGAGGGGCGGGUUGCGUACACAGGGGUAAUGAAAACGG